CUGUGUUAGGAAAGCCGAUUUUUCGAUACCCUGAUGCUGAGUGAUGAUGUGCUUCUUCUGUUGACGAUUGCAAACAGGAAAUAUAUUUUCACUUCAAAAAUAAAUAGUUCUAGCGCCAAAGUGUUGUGUUAAAAGUGCAUAAAACUUUCCAAUACCCGUUCGAGUAUCAUAGAUACCCUACGCCACAAUGGCUGAUCCAUUGAGUUUGCUGAGGCAAUACAAUAUCAACAAGAAAGAAAUCAUCGAACGCGACGGGCAAAUUAUUUUCGGUGAAUUUUCCUGGCCGAAAAAUGUUAAAACCAACUAUCUCAAAUAUGGUUCCGGCAAGAAAGGUGCGCCGAAGGAGUAUUACACUCUGGAGUGCUUGCUGUACAUAUUGAAGAAUGUCGCUCUGCAGCACUCCGUCUACGUUCGACAGGCGGCUGCCGAGGAUAUUCCAGCAGUCAACCGACCGGAUCGUAAAGAAUUACUGCAAUAUCUCAAUGGCGAAACAAAUACUUGUGCCAGCAUCGACAAAAGUGCUCCCCUGGAAAUUCCUACUCAAAUCAAACGACCAGCGGAAUCGGAUACUCUGGAAACUUUGGCAAAAAAGGCUCGUUAUGAGGACACCCAAGUGCAAAAGGUUAAAGAACAGCUAGCUGCCCGAUUGGACGUGAACAAAAAGGAAGCGUCCGUCAAUAUCGACAACAUCAAGUCCCUCUCAGAGACUAUGUCCGUUGAAAAGAUCGCUGCCAUCAAAGCAAAACGUUUGGCUAACAAAAAGGUUACAAUCAAACGUACCGACAAUGACGAUACUAUGGGUGUUGGUCCGGAUCUGCGUGCCAUUUUGGAUUUCGAUGUAGAUUCCACAAAAGAUAUCAUUAGCAGAGAACGUCAGUGGCGUACAAGGACCACAAUUCUGCAAAGUAAUGGUAAAAUAUUCGCAAAAAAUAUUUUAGCCAUAUUACAGGGUAUUAAGAACCGCGAAGAAGGUCGCGGGCGUCCCCAAGCACCGGUUAUAAAACUGCCUGAGCCUCCUCGUGUCAUCAGACCACAGCAACAACCAGCUCAGUACAAUCGGUACGAUCAGGAGCGAUUCAAUCGCCAGAAGGAAGAAACGGAAGGCUUUAAGAUCGAUACUAUGGGUACCUACCACGGUAUGUCACUGAAGCUAGUGACGGAGGGCUCUUCCGCGCAGAAGAAAGCCCAACAGCAACAAUUGCAGCAGAACAACAACAAUAACGUUUUGGAAGGUGCGCUCCCACCGGGACGUCCAAAGGAGCUGCUAUCGUCAGCUCAGGCACGGAUGCUGCCGCAGAGCAAUAGUAACAAACGGCAGAGCCGUACACCAAUUAUCAUUAUUCCAGCCGCCACCACUAGCCUAAUCACGAUGUACAACGCGAGAGAUAUUCUGCAAGAAUUAAAAUUCAUCACUACGGAGGAAAAGAAAACUAAGGGCGGAGUACGCGAUAAUGAAGUUCUAAUCCAGCGUCAAAAAGCUGGUGGCCUCACAGUACCUUACCGUGUAAUCGAUAACCCGAUAAAAUUAACUGCACAAGACUGGAACCGCGUUGUUGCCGUUUUUGUGAUGGGGCCAGCUUGGCAAUUCAAGGGAUGGCCAUGGGACGGCAAUCCGGUUGAAAUUUUCUCUAAAAUUGCUGCCUUCCAUUUGCGCUACGAUGAAAUGAAAUUGGAUGCAAACGUAGCCCGCUGGGCCGUUACAGUGCUCAACGUGUCUCGAACCAAACGGCAUCUGGAUAAAGCCAGCCUGAUGGUGUUCUGGGAAAAGCUCGAUCUGUACAUGACUAAAUAUAAGCCGGAUUUGCGUUUCUAAGCUCUUAUUGUUGUCGACGGUCAUUAUUGAAUUUACUUUCCAUGCAAAUUGUAACUAUUUGUUCUCUAGUAGGCCACACAUCCUUAGCGUAUUAUUUUGGGCGAAAAUAAAAGAUGAUUUUACCGUAA